CCGCCGCCAUUGUGGCGCUCGGAGCCCCUCAACGCAGGCGGCGCAGGCGGAGGCCGUGGCGGCGGGAUGGCCGACGCCGACAAGCCUGAGGUGCUUAGGGCAGCUAGCGACGACAGCCCGCAUCGGCAGCCCGCGGAGCCGCCGGGCGAGCCCCGGCGAGAACCUCACCCGCCCGAGCAGGAGAAGCAGCCGCCGCAGCACAGCAGCAGCUCCAAUGGCGUUAAAAUGGAGAAUGAUGAAUCGGUCAAAGAAGAGAAAUCUGAAUUAAAAGAAAAAUCUACAGGAAAUAAGAAAGCCAACAGAUUUCAUCCUUAUUCAAAAGAUAAGAACUCAGGCACUGGAGAAAAGAAGGGUCCAAAUCGUAACAGAGUUUUUAUUAGCAACAUCCCAUAUGACAUGAAAUGGCAAGCCAUUAAAGAUCUAAUGAGAGAAAAAGUUGGUGAGGUUACAUACGUGGAGCUCUUUAAGGAUGCGGAAGGAAAAUCAAGGGGUUGUGGUGUGGUUGAAUUCAAAGAUGAAGAAUUUGUCAAGAAAGCACUAGAAACUAUGAACAAAUAUGAUCUUAGCGGAAGACCCUUGAAUAUCAAAGAGGAUCCUGAUGGAGAAAAUGCUCGUAGGGCACUGCAACGAACAGGAGGAUCAUUUCCAGGAGGACAUGUACCCGACAUGGGAUCGGGAUUGAUGAAUUUACCACCUUCCAUUCUCAAUAAUCCAAACAUUCCUCCUGAGGUUAUCAGUAAUUUGCAGGCUGGUAGACUUGGUUCCACAAUUUUUGUUGCUAAUCUUGACUUCAAAGUUGGUUGGAAGAAGCUAAAGGAAGUGUUCAGCAUAGCUGGAACUGUAAAGCGGGCAGAUAUUAAAGAAGACAAAGAUGGCAAGAGCAGAGGAAUGGGCACAGUCACUUUUGAACAAGCAAUUGAAGCAGUUCAAGCAAUUUCUAUGUUCAAUGGGCAGUUUUUGUUUGAUAGACCUAUGCAUGUGAAAAUGGAUGACAAGUCUGUCCCUCAUGAAGACUUCCGUUCACAUGAUAGUAAAACACCACAAUUACCACGUGGUCUUGGAGGCAUUGGAAUGGGACUUGGUCCAGGUGGACAGCCUAUUAGUGCCAGCCAGUUGAACAUAGGUGGUGUAAUGGGGAAUUUAGGUCCAAGUGGUAUGGGAAUGGAUGGUCCAGGUUUUGGAGGAAUGAAUAGAAUUGGAGGAGGAAUUGGGUUUGGUGGUCUGGAAGCAAUGAGUAGCAUGGGAGGAUUUGGAGGAGUUGGUCGAAUGGGAGAGCUAUACCGUGGUGCGAUGACUAGUAGCAUGGAGAGAGAUUUUGGACGUGGUGAUAUUGGAAUAAAUCGAGGCUUUGGAGAUUCCUUUGGUAGACUUGGCAGUGCAAUGAUUGGAGGGUUUGCAGGAAGAAUAGGAGCUUCUAACAUGGGUCCAGUAGGAUCUGGAAUAAGUGGUGGAAUGGGUGGCAUGAACAGUGUGACUGGAGGAAUGGGGAUGGGACUGGAUCGGAUGAGUUCCAGCUUUGAUAGAAUGGGACCAGGUAUAGGAGCUAUACUGGAAAGGAGCAUCGAUAUGGAUCGAGGAUUUUUAUCAGGUCCUAUGGGAAGCGGAAUGAGAGACAGAAUAGGCUCCAAAGGCAACCAGAUAUUUGUCAGAAAUCUGCCUUUUGACUUGACUUGGCAGAAACUAAAAGAGAAAUUCAGUCAGUGUGGUCAUGUAAUGUUUGCAGAAAUAAAAAUGGAGAAUGGAAAGUCAAAAGGCUGUGGAACGGUCAGAUUUGACUCCCCAGAAUCAGCUGAAAAAGCCUGCAGAAUAAUGAAUGGCAUAAAAAUCAGUGGCAGAGAAAUUGAUGUUCGCUUGGAUCGUAAUGCAUAAUUUGAAACCACGGUUGGAACAUUCUUACAUCUGUUUUGCUGAAUCUCCUAGUAAAAGUCAUUUUUUUAAGUAAUACUGUAUGCUUACAAAAGUUGUAAAGAUGAACUUUUAAAACUCCCACCAGCUUUUAACAGUAUAGUGUUAAUAUACUGUGAUUUUUGUUAAUCUCAAGUUUGGAUUUUUAAAGACAGCAAGUCUGGUCAUUCAGUUUAAAUGAAUGGUUAUACUAUUUUUAAUGAAAUAAGCCAUUUUCUUGUUAUUUUCAGUUCUGCAUAGUGGGAUUUGUUUGUUCAAGUGUCCCCAGCUUUUAUCAACUUAUUGUAAGGUAAAACAUAGAUGGUUUUUUCAAAACUUCUGUUUAAUAUAUGUAAUUGUCCUUGAAAAGAAAGGGCUCAGACAAAUUAGGAUAUGAUUUUGGUUGGUUUUAAAUUUUUCUUGGUGAUAAAGAAUUACUGUAAGUAAGUUUUAGAUUCUAAAGUUCAGAAUAUUUUUUAUUUGACUUAAAUGGAGAAAUGGAGUUUUCCUUCUCUGCCCUUCCCCAUCAUUCACAUUUUCCACAUAACAUUAACCACCACAGCCCCUUAUUUUAUUAUUUCCAAUAAUUCCAAGUUCAUACAGAACUGAUAAUGUUGCAAGCCCCAAGUAUAAUAAUAGGCAGACUAGUCCCAACUUUCUGUCUAGUUUCCAGCCAUUAAGGUGAACUGCUAAGAGAAGAAAAAUAAUUGAAAUGUUGAGAAAGAUGGUUAUGUAAGUUAGUCCUCUACUGUUCACUUCUACAGGAGCAGAUGCAUUUAUAAAUGCAGUUUUAAUAAACCAUGGAACUCCUAGGCACAACAUAUCGAACACAUUGGAUCCCACGAUGUUAGACAUAGCCAUAUCUCCUUUGCCUGUUAAAAAAAAAGAAUGUUGUUAAAAUAU